AUGAAGCAGGACGAGGGCAACGAAACAAUGCGCGAGAUCGCACAAUCCGUGCGUGAAGGCGCGAUGGCAUAUCUCAGGCAACAAUACAAAGUCGUGGGCAUCGUUUUUGCCGUACUCUGUCUCAUCUUUAUUUUCAUGGCUUUUGUCCUUGAUGCCCAAAAUAAGGUUGUACCCUUCGCCUUUCUCACAGGCGGCUUUUUCUCAGGACUCUGCGGUUUUCUCGGCAUGAAGACAGCAACCAACGCCUCCGCACGCACCACAAGUGCCGCGAUGCAGGGACUCAAUGCAGCCUUAAAGGUCUCGUUCCGUGCUGGGGCAGUCAUGGGAUUAAUAGUUGUCGGAUUUGCCCUUCUUGAUAUUACCGGAUGGUUUCUCAUUCUCUAUUACCUAUUCCCUAAGAUAUUACCCGGAUUCUUAGAAGUAAAUCCACUGCCACAGAUUACUGUGAUUAUGCUCAGUUUCGGCAUGGGUGCCUCAACACAAGCACUUUUUGCUCGUGUGGGUGGUGGUAUCUAUACCAAAGCAGCGGACGUUGGUGCCGAUCUGGUUGGAAAAGUUGAAGCAGGCAUUCCAGAGGACGAUCCACGCAACCCUGCAGUCAUCGCAGAUAACGUCGGUGAUAACGUCGGCGAUGUCGCAGGUAUGGGAGCGGAUCUCUACGAAUCCUAUGCAGGCUCAAUCUUAGCAACAGCCGCCCUUGGUGUCGCAGCCAUUGCUGCCAGAGAUCACAGUGACCUUGCUCUCCAACUUAAAUAUCUUUCAGCACCUAUGAUCAUCGCUGGCAUCGGCGUCAUUCUUUCCAUUUUAGGUAUCUAUAUGGUACGGACAAAAGAGGGCGCGACAAUGAAACAGUUGAUGGGUUCCCUGAACUUUGGCAUCAACGGAAGUGCUGUAGGCAUCGCUGUCGUCUCACUCCCUCUCCUUAUGUACUUGGGGCUUCCUAACGUGUGGCAGAUUUGGGGGGCAAUUAUCACUGGGCUUGUGGCAGGUUUGAUUAUAGGGAAGUCCACUGAGGUCUUUACCUCUCACGAUUAUUCACCGACUCGUGCCAUUGCGAAGCAGGCACAAACUGGACCCGCAACCGUAAUUAUUGAAGGUAUUGCUGUUGGUAUGGAAUCAACGGCAAUUCCGGUCAUAACCAUCGCCGUCGCAGUUGCCAUUAGUUACUACCUCCCUGGCGGAGCAUCCGAGCCGCUGAUGGGGCUUUACGGGGUUGGCAUUGCCGCUGUCGGUAUGCUGGCGACGCUUGGUAUUACCCUCGCCACAGAUGCAUACGGACCCAUCGCAGACAAUGCGGGUGGAAACGCCGAAAUGGCAAAGCUUGAUAAAAGUGUCCGAGAACGGACCGACCAAUUAGAUGCACUCGGCAACACAACAGCCGCGACUGGCAAGGGGUUUGCCAUCGGAUCGGCAGCACUGACAGCACUCGCACUUUUGGCUGCAUACUUGGAAGAAAUUCGAUACGGAUUAAUCCACUUAGCACAUAAGGACACACUCAUCAUACCCGGUGAGGGCAGUAUUGAUACACUCAAGGUUUCGGUCAGUCAAUUUAUGAGUUACUACGACGUUACCCUGAUGAACCCGAAAGUCCUUAUCGGGCUGUUCAUGGGUGCGGCGAUGGCGUUCUAUUUCUGUGCAUUGACGAUGAAAGCGGUUGGACGCUCCGCAGGGGCUAUGGUAGAGGAGGUCCGCCGCCAAUUUCGAGAGAAACCCGGUAUUAUGAGAGGCGAAGAGAAACCAGAUUACGCACGAUGUGUCGAAAUUUCAACUGUUGGGGCACAACGCGAGAUGAUCCUUCCAUCACUGAUCGCUCUUGUUGUACCUGUCGCAGUCGGUUUAAUUUUCGAUGUCGCUGGUGUGUUAGGCUUGCUGGCAGGCGGUUUAACGACCGGUUUCGUUCUCGCAAUUAUGAUGGCUAACGCGGGUGGCGCGUGGGACAACGCCAAAAAGUUCAUUGAGGAAGGCAAACACAAAGACGAAUACGGUGAAAAAGGCUCAGAACAGCAUAAAGCCACCAUUGUUGGUGAUACUGUCGGAGAUCCGUUCAAGGACACUUCCGGUCCUUCGCUUAACAUUUUGAUUAAGUUGAUGUCUAUGGUUUCGUCGUGUUCGCUGGUCUCAUAG